GUGACACAACAUGCGCAAAAACCGGAUUAUCACAUAAGACAGUAGAGAGAGCAAAGUGACAGCACGAAACAUUUGCAGACCUCCGGCAACACGACCUUCGGCAACGCACCCUGUAAUAGUUGAAUGAUAUAUUUGAUACACGUUUCCCACGAAGGCAACAACCGGUAACCGAAUCUGUCUUCGUGGCUCGCGGGCCCGGGAGAUCCGCAACCACUGCGACUUUGGCGCUUGCGACGUCAACAUUAUGAGUGCGGCCUUGCAGCCCCAACACCUGCUCCACCUCGCCGCGGAGAAUGGAGACCUCCCCUACGUCCAGAGCCUCCUAGCUGCCGGACUGGACCCCACGACGAAAGACGCUGAUGGCCGCACCCCACUCCACUGCGCGGCGCAAUGUGGUUCCGUCCCAGUGUUGCGGGCGCUGCUGGAUGCGGGAGCCAAAAAGAAUGUGCUAGACCUUGGUCAGGCCACGCCCAUCUACACAGCUGCCAUGUUUGGCAAGGCAGAGGUGGUGGCGGCGCUGGUGGCGGCCGGAGCCAACAUGAACUACCCGGGGAAGGGAGGCUGCAGUCCACUGUUCGCGGCCGCCAAGCGCAACGACGUGCAGACGGUGGAGGUGCUGCUGCAGGCCGGGGCGAACCCCAACACGCCGGCAUACACAACUCGCGUCACGGCAUUGUGGGCGGCGGCCCAGACCGGCUGCCUGGAGCUGGUGCGGGCGCUGAUCAGGGGCGGAGCGGACCUUGAAGCCCGGACCAAGGACGGUCGCACUCCUCUACACGUCAGCGCCGAGCACGGGCAUCACCAGGUGGUGCGCGCAUUGCUUGACGCCGGUGCGGACCCGGACGCAAGAGACAUUUACGACUUCCCGCCGACCUACAUGGCGGAGCGGAACCACCACCCCGACUGCGUGGAGGCGCUGCGGACGGCACUGGAGGCGAGGCGGGCGGCCGCCGCUGCUGCGCUGGUGGCGCUUCGGGUGGAGCCCAGUGACACGGCGGCGGACGCCGGAAGCGCGGAUGGAGCGCAGCAUCUCGCUGCUCCAGGAGCGGCGAAGGAGCAGGAGCCAGGGGUUGAGCCGGAGCCUCAGAAGCAGCGGGUGGAACAGUCACAGGAGGAGCACCAGGCGCAAGAGGGGCAAGGCCUUGGACUGGGUGGAGCUGCCGCGGCCGCGCCUGGGGGCCCAGAGGACAGCAGCGCGGCGGGGCUGUGAGGCAGCCUGGCAGAGGAGAAGCAAGGAGCCGUACGCCUGCUCGGUAGGUGGCCGAACAAGUGAAGUGAGAAAUUGGCUUGGCGGGAAAGGCCCACCGGAGCGGCGGUUGACGGCACAGGUGACGUUGUACUGCACUUGUGGCGAGGUGCGCUUGUCUGCUUUCUUGCUGAUAGUGCAAUGCACCCUGUUGCUUAUUGAUAUGAUUGCUAGUUGAUGGCCUGAAAAUGUUGCGGACAGGCCGGAAUCAGUACAUGUAAGGUCGCGCGCGGGUGGGAAGGUAGGGGCCGCCGGACAGGCAGGUAAAGGGCCACCACAUGAGUUGCUAUAUACAGCUAGCUCUUGCAAUUUAAAAUCGGGCUCGACUUGGACUCGCGGUUGCCCGCAAAACCAACCGACUUUACGGCCUGGCGGCCCGUCGACUUUUGACAAAUGUUUUCAUUUAGCAAUACAGCCAAUGCAACAUGUUUUGCAGUGCUGCUGGAAUAAGCGCGCCUCCACCAACAGUACAGUCGCAGUGGCGCCGCACGCGCAGUGCCAACACGAUGUCCGUGCAGCUUGAGUUCACCCCCGCGGCCUGUACAGCCGGCGGCAUUAUUUUGGGUGUUGCUAGUGUAGCGCGGCUGUUCUGCACGGGGCGCGUGUUCGGCAUCAGCGGCUUCCUCCGGGGACUUGUUCUCGGCGAUUUUCAAUCGUCGCGCCCUCUCGCCUUCGCUGGUCUUCUCGCCGGCGCAGCUCUGAUGAAUGCAUGGCUCCCAUCGGCAUUCGAGCCGCUACCAGCUUCAUUUUCUGUAAGCGUGUGUCCAA